UACAGCGCAGAAAGGACAGCGGGGAGCACAAAGGAAUGAAAACAGCACCUCGAAAACUUUUAACUCCAGCCUGUUGUGAUGUGACUUCAUGUGAGCGCUUAUUAAACUGUGAGUUUUGGCGGCUGGCAGGCUGACAACCGCCUGAGAAGCGCAGGGAAUGUGAGUGAUCGGAGUGAAGCGGCUGGGCGCACCGCUGUCUCCGACUAUCGCUGCUUUUUGUCAGCUGAGCUGUUUGCAUCCCGAGGCCCAGCCGUUAUCACGGGCCUCAUCCCAGAAGGACACAUUUCCUGUACACAGUCAGAAACUGACUCCAAUAUGGGGGUCAAAACAUUCACCCACAGCUCGACUUCCCACAGCCAGGAGAUGCUGGAUAAACUCAAUGCUUUACGCAAUGAGGGUCACUUAUGUGAUGUCACCAUCCGGGUCCAAGACAAACUCUUCCUGGCCCACAAAGUGGUCCUGGCCUGCUGCAGUGAAUUCUUCCGCUCCAAACUGGUGGGACGGCCAGAGGAGGAGGACAAGUUUGUGUUGGAUCUUCAUCACGUAACCGUUAGUGGCUUCGCUCCCCUGUUGGAAUAUGCCUACACUUCUACCUUGUCCAUUAGCACGGAGAAUAUCAUCGAUGUUCUGGCAGCAGCGAGCUACAUGCAGAUGUUUGCUGUGGCUAGCACAUGUUCAGAGUUCAUGAAGUCCAGUAUUCUGUGGAGCCCAGGUAAUAACAACAACAACAACAACAACAACAUGACAGCAGAUAAACCGCAUGAAUCAGCACCAGAGAGCGCCUCAUCAAACUGUGCGCUGACGCCAUUGGAUGGCAGCGUGUCACCUGUCUCAUCUGACUGCAGCGUGAUGGAGAGGAACGUUCCUAUAUGCCGUGAAUCACGACGGAAACGCAAAAGCUUUGUGACGAUGGCAUCGCCUGAGAGUCCACUCAAAUGCACUACACAGAUGGUCACCACCUCCCCUCAGAUUCCCAACCCAUCCCCCUCAUUCUCAGAUAGCACAGCCCAGCCUGUGGAGUCCUCCCUGGCCUUUCCAUGGACUUUCCCGUUCGGUAUCGACCGGAGGUUCCACUCUGACAAAUCAAAGCUCCCGGAGAGCCCUCGUUGUUUAGAGCAGGGCACUCCAGGGACCUCAGAGGUGGUAGUUGGCCGGCGGCUCAGUGACUUCCUCACAUGUGAGAGCUCCAAGGUGGUUUCGUCGCCUGUGGCUGCAGAGGAGGAAGAUGUGAGAGUAAAGGUGGAGCGUCUCAGUGAUGAAGAGGUCCAAGAGGCGUCCUCGCAGCCGGUCAGUGCCUCCCAGAGCUCGCUGAGUGACCAGCAGACAGUGCCAGGGAGUGAGCAGGUCCAGGAGGAGCUCCUCAUCAGUCCGCAGUCCUCCUCUAUAGGGUCGAUGGAUGAGGGAGUGUCUGAGGGUUUGCCAUCAAUGCAGAACACUUCUAACACUGGAGGACAUGCAGAAGAUGAUGAAAGGUUAGAAGGUAUUCAGUACCCAUACCACCUCUAUAUCAGCCCCUCAGCCAGGCCUGGCACCAAUGGCCCCGACAGGCCCUUCCAAUGUCCAACCUGCGGUGUCAGAUUCACUCGCAUUCAAAACCUGAAGCAGCACAUGCUCAUACACUCCGGCAUUAAGCCUUUCCAGUGUGACCGCUGUGGGAAAAAGUUCACACGGGCCUACUCCCUAAAGAUGCAUCGGCUGAAGCACGAAGGUAAACGCUGUUUCCGGUGCCAGAUUUGUAGCGCCACAUUCACGUCCUUCGGUGAAUAUAAGCACCACAUGAGGGUCUCCCGACACAUAAUCCGCAAGCCGCGGAUUUACGAGUGCAAAACGUGCGGGGCCAUGUUCACCAACUCUGGCAAUUUAAUUGUACACCUGAGGAGUCUGAACCAUGAGGCAUCCGAACUAGCAAACUACUUCCAGAGCAGUGAUUUCCUCGUGCCCGACUACCUGAGCCAGGUACAGGAGGAGGAGGAGGCGCUGGGAGUCCAGUAUGAGCUAGAGGAGUCCCAACAUCACCCCGUCUACCCGGGCAGCACCUCCACCUCCACCACCACUGCGGCCUCAUCCUCCUCCUCAGUCCAGAUGCCCGUCAUCUCCCAGGUCUCCUCCUCUACCCAGAAUUGCGAGAAUUCCUCUGGCUUCCUUUCACCCGAGCCCCUGGAUCCCCUGGAAGCCCCAGCAUCCCUCAAGAUGAACGCUGAUGAGGCGGCAGUCAUGACAGAGGAGACCAAGAUGGACAACAGCGUAGGAGGCAGCUCCCCAGAGGUGCUUGAAGAAGAGCAGCCGCAGCAGCAUGCCCAGGCCAAGGAGCUGGCUUCCAUUACCAUAGAGUGAUUCAAGCCUUCUACUUGCCCAUCAUGUCUUAUUUUGCAGUCAUGUCAUAUGGGAAUAUCUGUUGAAGCGCCUUGGCGGCUAAAAGGGGACAACUUGGACACGGGCACAUGUUGAAACCUCAUCAUGUGAAGCUAUCAAGACGCCGUGAUUGAAGUUUUCUGAAGGCUUCAGUUGCUCUGAUGUUUUUCCACAUGCAGCACAGAUGCCCUUAUUUGAGGUCAUGUCUUACACCAAACCAAAUCCAGCAAAGUAAAUGAUCAUUUUCUUUGUUUUUUUUUCUCAUUUUCCUAACCUUGACUGAGGCAAGUUCCUUGCUGGUAACAAGAGAUUUUUAGUAGGUCAUAAAAUCUGGGUUUAGUCCACCACCACACCUGAAUUUCAAAGCAGUAUUUAUUAAAUGAACAGCAAUUUUUAGGAGAGUUGUUUUUUUCCCAUAUGACGUGAAUGCAGCACGAGCUAAAGUCAUUUCUGUCUUAGCCUAUUUGAGGUUUGUUAAGUACAAGCCUUGCCCUACUUUUGGAAAGUGCCUGAGAGUUCCCAUUUCAACAAAGCAACGUGUAGAGGAAGAAGAGGUCUUGACUUUGCCAGCAGUGACAAAUCAAGUCUUUGCAAACUGAGCUAAAUAUAAAAAAAAAACAUUGUAUUUCAUUUGUAGUGAUAAUGCUAGUUUGUAUGGGCUGAGACUGUGUUAUUCCUUCAGUGCCGUCGCUAUAGGCAAACUGUUAAAUGUCAAUAUUAUCUAUAUUGCAAUAGCUUGUACUGUAGUUUUACUAUUUGAAUGCUGUGUAUGUUGGGUGUUGUGAAAUAUGAUAUGUCAGGUGUGUGUAUGUGCAUUUCUUUUUAUCUAUAUGAACACCGUACAUUUAAUUUUUAAAUGUUUAAAACUUGAAAUUAUAUUGACAGAGUAUUCCCAUAAGACAUUUGUGCAGUAUAUAAUAUUUCUUACCUAUUACAAGUUAUUUUUUUAUUUUUUAUGAACACUGUUGUUAAAUCAAACCUCGCAACUCUAAACCUAAACCUGGAUCAGCACUGAUGCAUCUUUUGUUCUAAAAUCCAACCAAAUAAAUGACAAGCCUAAAAUUAAUGUAAAACAAAACAAAACAAAAAAAUCAAAUUUGGAGUUACAAGGUUUUCUCACUACUGCAGUGUUGUUUUCCCAAACGGGCUCUGAGACAUGGUAAUGUAGCAUCUAUCCCAGUUGAAGUUUGGCCUGCUUGGCAGUUUUUCCAGUUUGAAAGUCAGUUUGUGUUCUAAAUGUUGAUGUCUGACACGGUCAUCAUGAUUUACUAACAGGUACACUGCUGAUGUUCUAGGAUAUUGCAUGACUGUUGAAGUGAUGUUUCACUUAGGUACAACAUGAUUGUCUUUUUAUCGUCGUGUGACUCUGUUGCCGAUAAACCAAGAAUAUUGUGUUAUCCCCCAAAUGUGGAUUAACCACCAGCUUCCUGUUUUAUUUUUCUGAAGUUUUCACAAAGAGAAGAAUUAAGUUGUGCAAAUUUCCCUGACUAUAAUCUAAGAAAAUACUGUACAUCUUCAAUCCAAGUAAUACAAAGGUUAUGAGGACUCUCUGUGAUGGCCAGUUUUCAGUCAGAACACAUUGUAAGGCCACUCGGUGUUAUGCGAUAACAUUGCUUUAGAAGCAGUUGGAACAUGCUGAUGUGUGAAUGCAAAUACUGUGAGUUAAAUCAUUUUAAAUGAUUAUUGUGUUAGGCAAAAGCUUAUCCUUCACCUUAAACUGCUAACAGUUUGACAGUUGAUGUUACUAACUUCAUUUUUUUUUUUGUAAUGCUGAUUUUGGGUCAAACCUCCAGCUCCUGUUACGUGUGUUGUGCCAACAUGGUUGUAAUUGUGUCCUUGGACAUUGCUGUGCCUGUAUUUAGAGAAGAUAAUGAUACCCAUGGUAAUAAUCCAUGAGUUGAAUGCUACUGACUGUGACUGGGUGUCUUGUCGAGUGAAACCUUUUUAUUUUCUGUUACGCCCUGAACUGUAGUGCAAACAGCCAACGUUUAGGAUUAUCACAGCAGCAUGUAAGACCUCACAUACAGGGUUGAUUGUAAACAUAACAAUAGAUAAUGCUGUGAUGGGGGCAUCAAUAUUACCCUGUCCUGAUCAUUAAAAUUUGCUGAGAGCUGUCUUAAUAAGCGCUUGUGUCAGCCUGUGCCAUCCUAUCUUUAACUUUCAAAGUUGUGCCAUUUGCCCUUUUUAUCUGGGUACAAAUCACGCUUUUUCCGACAGGACCAAAUGUUCUCUAUCUCAUUGGGGAUUUGCCAUGGCAAUCAGUAAUUGCACAUAAUAAAAGAAAGAGAUAAUCAUUCGAAGUGGUCCAUGCUAUUUAGCAAAGGGGUCCUGCUGUUUUGCCCCUUAAAACACUGUAAGAUGUUGUGCAUUUAAGAGGCUAGCCUUAGUAAAUGGACCUAUUAACUCUAGUUGCACAAUAUCAAAAUUAAAAAAAGUUUUCUAUUCUCCAUUUGUAUGUCAUGCUUUUCAUCUGUUCUCUUCGGUGUCUGUAUUCAAACGACUUUUUUAUAAUGAAAUGCUGCUGUUUGUUGAAACGCAAAGUGCCCAAAAUAUUUUUGUGAACCAAUGGUGUGCAAUAAAUGGACAGGUGUUGUUUUAAAAGUUUUAAUUCUGUCUUUGGAAUGGUGAAUUCUAUCAAAAGAAAAAAAAGAAUGUAUAAUUUUGUUUUAUUCAAAUGUGACUGAAGGUGAAUCAAAUAGGCAAGGACCCCUUUUGAUCUGUGAAACAAAGAACAAAGCUUUGAUAUCAAACGACCGGUUCUAUUCAGCUCCUUUCUGUUUGUUUUUAAAGUUGCAUGUUCAUAUCGUUCUGUGAAGUGGAGAGCAUGUCUUCAGUUGCCGAUGCAUUCUGUCAAGGCCUUAUUUGUCGACGACUCUUCAUCCAGAGUAGCUUUGAUCCGUUGUACAGCAUGCCCUCUUCUUUUCUGUACGUUAUCCCUUUCAUGUGCAAUGUUUUAAAGUAUCUUGAUUAUAUACAGGACAUGCCUUUUCAAUGUACACUUGAUGUUGUAUACGUUUUCCAGUCCUUUAUUUAAAAGUAGGAAAAGCUAAGAAAAAAACAUGGUAGCUCUUCAUAAUGGCAUAUAUAUUUUUGGUGACUUUUGUAUUAUGGUUGCUGUUUCAUGGCAUCUUUGGAUAUUCUUGUUAAAUGUGAAUAGAACAGCUUAGUUCGGGAGUAAGGGGGCCUUGGUAGUCUUCACUUUGUGACUGUCUGCAGUGUGUGUAUAUAUAUAAAUAUACAGUAUAUACACUCAUACUAUGUUGCAUAUUCUUUAUACUGUAGGCUACUUGAUUACAACCUGCUUUGAGACAGAUGUUGUAUUUUGUGUCUUUGAUACUGUAUUUAAACUGUAGUUUGGAGAAACUGUACAAAAACAUCCCAAAUAGUAAUGCAACCUGCACAUUGUAUAGGGAGAACUGACGUUUGUGGUGUUGAGUGUUUUAACUGGAUCAUAUUCCACAGUUGGCUGUUUAAAACUGACAAGACCACUCUGUAUUUUAGAGUUUAUGGUUGUUCUGAAUCUUUGCUAGUGUUCUGGCUUUGCAGUCCUGUUAUUAAAAAAAAAGAGUUGUUUUUGUAAAAGUAUGAAAUGUAAAUAAAAAAAAACAA